AUGUCGCACACCGCUGAAAGUGAAGCUGAAGUAUUGAAAGAACUCCGACAAUAUUCUUUCGAUUGUCGUCUGAGGAUGUUUCAAGAAGUGAGACGCAAUCUGCGGGAGCAUGGCCAUCCGGCAGAUAUAGAGUCUUCGGAAAAUCAGAGAAAGAAGAGAGGGGGUGAACGUCAAGCUACCAUGACGGCCUUGGGUGGUGUAAGGAAAAUCAUUGGCAUACUUUACACAAGAGUGAUGGACAAAAUUGCUCGAGGCUGA